CGAGCAACUCCUCCCUCCGCACGUCCGACCUUUGAGAUCUCCGUCUCUCUCAUCAUGGCUCCGGCGGCGGACAGGCUGGGCUACUGGGGCACGCCGACCUCAACUCUCGACUGGUGUGAGGAGAAUUAUGUGGUGUCGUAUUACAUCGCAGAAUUCUGGAACACAGUUAGUAACCUGAUUAUGAUCCUCCCUCCAAUUUAUGGAGCCAUUCAGACAUAUAAAGGCGGACUGGAAACACGUUACGUGUUGUCGUUUUUAGGACUUGCAGCUGUAGGCAUUGGCUCAUGGAGUUUCCACAUGACGCUACAGUAUGAAAUGCAGUUGCUGGAUGAGCUACCGAUGAUCUACAUCUGCUGCGUCUUCGUCUACUGUCUAUACGAGUGCUUCAAGCAAGAAGGUGUUAUUAACUAUUUCUCAAUAAGCCUUUUGCUGACCUUCAGUAUUAUCGUUAGUGUGGUUUACCUGAUAUGGAAAGAGCCGAUCUUUCAUCAGGUCAUGUAUGCCGUACUGGUGACUUUCUUGGUGAUUCGGUCUGUUUUUAUAGUCACAUGGGUCUAUCCUUGGCUCAGAGCCCUGUGCUUUAUAUCUUUAUGUGUCUUCCUGCUGGGAUUCGUAUUAUGGAACAUCGAUAACAUCCUGUGUGACUCUCUGAGAGCCACACGGCAACGUCUGCCCCCUGUCAUUGGGGCGGUUACACAGCUCCACGCAUGGUGGCAUAUCCUAACAGGCCUGGGAUCGUAUUUACACACACUUCUCAGCCUACAAAUUCGAUCGACCUACCUCAAGCACAGACCAAAAGUUAAGUUUUUAUGUGGCGUUUGGCCGGUGCUGCACAUUGAAUCACAGAAGACGAGUUGAAAGGGAAACGAGAGGAGGAUAAUGGACCAAUCAAAGACCUCGCACAAGAGGUACAGCCAUUCAGCUUCGGUGGCAGCAGGAAAUGACCAGUGGCUAUCGGUUUGGUUCUCCCAUUCCCCUCCGGCUUUGUUUGCCAAGUGCAUUUAUGAGAAUGCUGCCAUGGAAGGAAGCUUUUUUAGUUUAUUUUAGAUUAGAGAAUUUUGUUGUGGGCCUGUGAUUUAUUUGCACAAUGUGUCAUUUGCAUAAAUUGUUUUGUAUUUGAGGGCCAACGGUAAAUUUUAAGGGAAAUAUUGACAUUACAUGACGGUUUCGCAUGUCAUUCAUGUUUUGUACUGUAUCUGAAUUUCUGCACUCGGCGUGAAAAUACUACAUCUGACCUACAUUUUAGAUUUUGUUUGUUCCUCAUUCCAUUUUGAAGAAUCCACUGGGACUGAGAGUUGAGAAACAUUUAGCAACUAUCCUGACAUAUGAUCACUGUGUGCAGUGUUUGACAGUUUAGAGUUUCUUUGAAUAAGAAACAAUAGAUGAUAAUACGUUACAAAUUGGUUAAAUAAGUCACAAGUAGCACAACAUGCAUACAAUACAUUAAGUAUACAUUUCAAGCCCCUCAUGUCACCAACAUACAACUGAAUUGUUUCGAUUCAUUCAAAAUGUUCAUGAUGAUUAUGAAGAGAGCAUUAAUAUAAAUACGUUUCUGUCAUUUUAUGAAGGAAUAAUCAUGAACGCUAAUAAUAAACAUUGGGCUGUAGGUGUCAAGACACUCAAAUACUUUAAUUCAUUGAUUAUUUGCUAUUUAGUAGGUUUAUUUAUUUAUGUUUCAUAAGGGAGGGGUCAAUGUAGAAGAGCUCUAAUGUCGACUACUUGAACUGCUCAUCCUGUGUUCACUGUCAGAAAGAGAGACAGUGUGGUUACGAAUGAAAGUUUGUGAUUUGUUUUAUACUGUGCCAAGUUAUGGUGUUUAAUAAUCUCUUUAUGACGCACAGUUGAUACAGCAGAAAAUUCUUAAGAAUUGGGGUGAGACGUUAGGUGUUGGAUAUACAUUUUAAUCUGAUUUUCUGAUACAGAAAUGUGCUGCUGUUGGUUUGGACUAACACUGUGGGUGCCUUAGAUUCAACUGUGUAUUCAGUGUUGCCUUGAUAUUUAGGUAUAUCAACAAAAUAUCAAAUAUAACAAUGCAUCCAUAUAUCUAAUAAUGCAGACUUAAGAAGACAUGUGAAUAUAAGUGAACAAACAACUGCAAAAUAACUGCCACUCUUACUGCAAUUUCUGUAUGUGCCUAAAUCACUAAAACAGUACUUAAAGGUAUAGGCACACAUUUUAAAACGUCUAUUCUUCCUCUCGACUUAAACAGUUUGGUUAUAAUCAUAGAAUAUUGUGGCUUUCUCUCUCAACAUUGUCCUACAAAGACUGUGUAUGUCGUAUGUGUUUUGGGAAAUAACCUUUUUGACUCAUUAAAAUCUAUGUUGCCAAAAUAUAAAA